UAUUUUAUCAUAAUAUCUAAAUAUUGGGUAAUAUUACAUUAUUAACUAUGCUUGCGAGAAAGAAAAUGGGAUGUGAUGGAAAAUAAUCAGUGUCCAUCUAAAAAGAAGUUGUUUAUUCCCGAAGAAAAGCAUAUUAUUCAAGAAGUUGAUUACGAUUCCGUAGGUUCAAGCCGAACUCCAAAGAAACAACUCUUUUUAGAAAUUUUGCAAAAGUGUUCAACAUUCCGGAAUUCAUCACAGAAAGUUUUAGUGUCCAUAAAACCGAAAGCUCCCGCAAUUAAAACUUUAUAUAUCGCAGAAAAGACCAGAUUUCAAUCUAAGAAGCGAUCGGCUAAAUCAGGCUCCCGUUUAGCUAUUGGUGAUCAUUCCUCGUUUACAAGCCAUUACAGCGAAGAAGAUUAUACUGUAUCAAAUUCUGUUCCAUGUAGCCCUGAAUUAGAAAAACACAUUAACAAAUCGACGACAAAUAUACAAGAAAGUUCCCUCGCUAUAUCAACAUGUGUAACCACUAGUACUUCAAGAGAUGAUAAGAUAUAUAACACAAGAAAAAGAUCAUCAGAAACAUGCUACUUGUAUACAUAUCCCCAUAUGACAAUCAACACUCCUAAGCUCGAUACAGUUACGGAAAAUUCUAAAAAUAAUUCAAAUAAAGCAGAUAUAGGCACUUUUAUUGCCACACAUACAUCUUCUGAUUGCACAAUUUCUCCUUCCAUUACCGAUAUAAAAAAUAUAUAUCAAAGAUUGGAUAACCUUGAAAAGAAAAUAUUAAAACAAGAGAUGGUAAUUAGAACACUCGACAAUAAUGCCCAGUUAUCUUCAUCAGAUGAUGAAAUAAACAAUGAGAAAUCAAAAUCAUUCUCUUGCACUGGACAACCGGGAUGCAGUUAUGUUGAAUACAGCCAUAUUCCAGAAACUUCAGCAUUUCAACGAUACGCCCAACAACCAGCUCCACUCUCGCCCAGUAAAGCUACAACGAUUCAAAAAGAACAUAAUUCAGAACAAUAUGGUCGGGACUUCACCCUUUACGAUGGAAUCACUGCACGAGGAAGACGACAAUGUGCUUCCGUACCUUGUAAACGGGAUGAUAUCCCUAAAAUGGCAGCUGAGAGAGUUCAUAGAAUUCGACAUAAACUUAACCCUGUACGUGACUACAGACUUAUGGACACAGUUCAUUACCUCGCACAAGGAGAAUUCGCUCCUCGGGAUGAUGGUAUUAAGCUAACACCUUCAAGAGAAGCAGUAUUAAGUGAUAUUAUUUGGGAAGAUGUAUGUCGCACUCAUUGGCCAAAUACUAGACUUGGACGUAGAAUAGCUCACCCAGAAAGAUAUGGCACACGAUCUGAUUUACAAAGGCUCAUAGACAGUUUAUUAAGAGAGCGUGUUGCUCACGUGGAACGUAGACGACGGCGGCACUAUAGAAUUGUAAAAUUAAAUAAUCGUCACGAAAACUGCCGACCUGCAGUUGGUAAAACUGGAGAUAUAAUUGUGGCUAGUAACAAAAAUAGACGUGAAAAUGAAGAAAGGGAUGCUGCUGCUACCAGUGAUCAUGAAACUGCUAGAGCUGUAAUGACAGAGCGUAGAUUUGAAGAGCGCAGUUCACGUAGAGAUCAUAAGAGCCACGAUCGCUUAAUGUAUCAGGAUACCAGAUCACAUCGCCCUCAUAAUCAAGAUGAUUGUACGCCUGGUCCAAGCUAUGCUGCACGAUCCAGCAAUAAACACUCGACAUGUUGUUACAGGAGCUCUAGCCCGACGAAUAGAAAAAACGCAUUACAAGUGAAUCAUGAACAUAGUAAUCGGCAAACUAGCGGUAGCAGCAUUAUAAUGAGUAAAGUGCGACCAAAACAUCCCAGGCUUGUGGUAAAGAAAAGUUCUGGUCGUCGAAAAUAUCAAUCCAAAGAACCGAACUUAGAACAUUAUAUUUUACUGCCAACAUUGGUGAUUCGCACACCGUCGAACAUGAAACGACAAAAAAGAUUUAAUGAAUUAUAUCACAAAAUAUUAAAUGGACAACUGAAAAACGAUCAACCAGAUUCUAAGUCGCAAGAUGCAAGUCGUCGUAGUUUGAGCCUAAACAAGAAAGAUAUCGGCCUCAAUAUUAACAUCACCCUAUCGGAAAGCGAAGAAAAAUUACAUAACAAGUAGAAACCACAGUUAAGAUUUUUCAUACUAUUUUCCUUAAUUGACAAUAUUUAAACAUUGUUAUCUAAAGGCAAUAAACAGAUUUGUUAGCAUCGUA